CGCCGCAUUAUUAGCCGCGGGUAGAGGUCUCUUCAUCAGGCCGAGUUUUUUCUAAUAGAACGCAUGCCAAGUGAUUAUUCGAGACACUACAUGAACGGAUUAGUGACCGCGGUUAUUAUUAGAGGUCAACAUGGACUGCAAACAUGCAAGGUGAAGAACAUGAUGUAGAGGAGGCCCUGGACUUCCUCUCUCCUCAGUUUGAUCCUCUGAGGGCACUAGCCACCAGCCCCUCCAAGAUACAGCUGCCAUGUCCUGACGUGAGGCCCUGUGAUAACCUCAAAAUGUAUGGACAAGUACUGAAGGGGACUAGGAGAGUGUACGCACGACCUAAAGAGGAACCAGCCCCGCCCCCUGCCACACCCACCCCACCACCACCUCGAGCACUGGAGCCAAAGUUCUCCUCGAAGACAGUAACUACCUUCAUGCGACGAUCUGACCCUGGGCCGUUUAAGUUGCUCCAAGAUUGCUGGAGGGCUUUGUCUCGUGUGAGGGUGUGGACCCGACACUGUGUGGGCGUGAGAGGAGUGUGUGAGGGUGUGCUCCUUGCCUUCGACAAGCACAUGAACCUUGUACUCCAGGAAGUCACUGAAUAUUACCAGCCGUUUAGAACACUGGGUAACGGAGGGGUGGAGGGAAGAAAGAAGAAAAAGAAAAAAAAGAAAAAUAAAGAAAAGUCGGACGUUGAUGAUAGUCAUGUGAUUAGAACUAGUGCUCAUGUGAUUAAAGGUUGCUGUCAUGUGAUAGAGAAUGUAGAUACAUUUCAAUCACGGACAUUAUCUCGAUUAUUUGUACGUGGUGACAACGUUGUUAUUGUGUCAUCGAUAAGAUAAUCACAUUUUCAUAUUUAA